UGAGUAUGCGUAUGUAUACGCCGUCGCCGCAUCCUGAGGGGAUGAUUAUUUCCGCGGACACGGUGCACCUAACACUGAAAGCGUACGUGGAUGUGUUCGUCCACACCGCAGAGGACUCCUACAACAGAAGAGUCACCGUGGACACGGUGAUCUCAUUUCUGGACGCGCUCAGAGGGCUGGUCUGCAUCAGCCACAUCCUACUCGACGACGCACUGGAAGUCCUCAGCCAGACGCACCCGAGGGACGCCUUCAACUUUGACGUCAAGAUCAAGAGCAUGCGCGGCGAGUUCGAUUUGAAGAUGGCUCAUCUUGAACAUGGCAUUACGAAAGCUACAUAUAGUAAAUCAUGCCAGAUGGUGUUGCCGACAAUACUCAAAGGUGUGGAAGCCACGAAAUCCUUACUGGGUGUCAUGGCGGUUCGCCGGCAAAGAGCAUUAGAGAAGGCUAAGAAAGUGGUGCCAUAGGAUUUUUUUUCUUAUAUUAUUAUUAGAAGAAAACAGGGUUCCAUAGUUUGGCAUGUAUAAUUAUCAUUGAGGGAUCGAUCAUCUAUU